AUGCAUUACUCUACCCUUCUUCCCUUGAUCCUCGCUGGCUCAGCCUCAGCAUGGCUUCCCCAUGAGCACGACCUAGCUGCCUUCAACCAGACUGCUCGCCACGAACAGCUCGGGAAACGCUUCAAACCAAACUUGCCCAGCGGCUGGCUUGUCUGCGAGCCCUGGAUGCAGCAAGAUGAAUGGGCAAACGUCCUCAAGUGCGGCGACUCUGCAUCCGAGUUCGACUGCAUGCGCGAUCACUAUCUAGGAUCUAACCGCGAAACUGGCAACAGUCGCUUUGAGCAGCAUUGGAAGAACUGGAUCAACCCCGCAACUGUGCAGUCAGUCCAUGACGUAGGACUCAACACCAUCCGAAUUCCCAUCGGAUACUGGUCCUACACUGAUAUCGUCGACAAAGCAAGCGAGCCUUUCGCUGAUGGCAACCGCAUGCUGCCUUACCUCGAUGCUGUGGUCCAAAAGGCUGCUGAUCUUGGUAUCUAUGUCAUUAUUGAUCUUCAUGGUGCUCCUGGAGGUCAGCAGGAAGAUGUCUUCACUGGCCAGAACAACAAACCAGCUGGCUUCUUCAAUGACUACAAUUUUGGUCGUGCGCAGAAGUGGCUUGCUUGGAUGACGAACCGCAUUCACACCAACUCUGCCUACUCAACCGUUGGUGUGAUCGAGGUCCUCAACGAGCCUGUGUCUCGCCAUGAUGCGAAUAACCGCUAUCCUGCCCCCGGCGAGGACCCUGGCUUGAUCCAAAAGUACUAUCCCGCAGCUCUCAAAGCCGUCCGUGACACCGAAGCUUCUCUCAAAGUCCCCGACAACAAGAAGCUUCACGUACAGUUCAUGUCCAGCAAAUGGGACUCCGGAAACCCCCGCUCCGUAUCCUCCGUAGCCAACGAUCCCUACACUGCUUUCGACGACCACAACUACAUCGGUUUUGCUCUGGGCAACAACAAUGGCGAUCAAUACCAGCUCAUGCACAGCGCUUGCACCGACUCUCGCCUCGUUAACGGCCAGGACUUUACUUUCACUGGUGAAUGGAGUAUGACUUCUAACGCUGAUUGGCAUGAUAAGACUUUCUUUAACAAGUUCUUUACGGCUCAGCAGCAGCUGUAUGAGAAGCCUGGUAUGGCGGGGUGGAUUUACUGGACUUGGAAGACGGAGACGAAUGAUCCGAGAUGGACGUAUUCUUAUGCGACGUCUCUGAAUUACAUUCCUACUGACGCUGCUGGUCUGGAGAAGAAUGUCUAUCAAGACGUUUGUUCUGGUUAUCGAUAG